GGAACAUGUCGAGUGGGUUAUUGCUAGUGUUCAGCCGAAGUAUUUUAAACCACCCUGUUGGAUUGAUUCAACUAAAUUUUAAUUAGUGUUAACUCUUUGGGUAACACGUAACUUUUUUACACGAUUAAUUCAGGCUUAUUACUGGUUGGCUGAUGCGUAAUGUUUGCCCUGGUGAGGACCGCGUGUGCGCAGUGAGACAGAUAAACAAUAUGGCGGCGUCCUCGCAGCUUUUCAAGUUCUGUGGGAGAAACAUUCUACGAGGGCUGAAGACGAAUCUAUCAUCUAAGAGGUGUGUCACUACCCUCACAUGUCUGGGCCUUCUGCGGCAGCUUUUAGCUGGACACAGAAAUGUGGCUACAGAAGCUGCCCACCGGGUCCUACUGAAUGUUCCUGAGACCAAGGUGACCACUCUAGAAAACGGACUCCGAGUGGCGUCAGAGGAUUCUGGGCUGAGCACAUGCACGGUUGGCCUGUGGAUUGAUGCUGGCAGUCGCUAUGAGAAUGAGAGAAAUAAUGGCACCGCACAUUUCCUCGAACAUAUGGCAUUUAAGGGCACCAGGAAAAGGUCUCAGCUGGAUCUGGAGCUGGAGAUUGAGAACAUGGGAGCUCAUCUUAAUGCCUACACAUCCCGAGAGCAAACUGUGUACUACGCCAAAGCGUUCUCCAAAGAUCUCCCUCAAGCGGUGGAGAUUUUGGCUGAUAUCAUCCAGAACAGUACUCUGGGUGAAGCAGAGAUUGAGAGGGAGCGGGGCGUUAUCCUCAGAGAGAUGCAGGAAGUGGAGACCAACCUGCAGGAGGUGGUCUUUGAUUUCCUCCACGCAACCGCUUAUCGAUCCACAGCUCUGGGCAGGACCAUACUGGGCCCCACUGAGAACAUCAGGACCAUCAACAGAGGAGACCUGGUGGAGUACAUCACCACUCACUACAAAGGCCCCAGAAUAGUGCUGGCUGCUGCUGGAGGAGUGUCACAUGAUGAGCUUAUCGAUUUAGCCAAGCAGCACUUUGGAAAACUUCCUGGUCACUGUGAGGGCAGAGCUCCAGCUCUCCCCCCCUGCCUCUUCAGUGGAAGUGAGAUCCGUGUGAACGAUGAUAAGAUGCCCCUCGCUCAUAUUGCCAUCGCUGUAGAAGCGGUGGGGUGGCCCCACCCAGACACCAUCCCCCUCAUGGUGGCCAACACUCUCAUUGGAAACUGGGAUCGCUCCUUUGGUGGAGGCAUGAAUCUGUCCAGUAAACUGGCACAGAUGGCCUGUCAGGGAAACCUGUGUCACAGCUUCCAGUCCUUCAACACCUGCUACACCGACACCGGCCUGUGGGGGCUCUACAUGGUCUGUGAGCCAGGAACCAUCAAUGACAUGAUGCACUUCACUCAGCUGGAAUGGAUGUCUCUAUGUACGAAAGUGACGGAGAGCGAGUUAGCGCGAGCUAAGAAUCUCCUCAAGACCAACAUGCUCCUGCACCUGGAUGGAUCCACUCCCAUCUGUGAAGACAUUGGGCGUCAGAUGUUGUGCUACAGCCGCAGGAUCCCUCUGCAUGAGCUGGAAGCCAGGAUUAAUGCCAUUGAUGUGAAGACCAUUAAGGAUGUGUGCACCAAAUACAUCAUCAACAAGCCUCCCGCCAUUGCAGCAGUGGGUCCAAUCCAACAGCUGCCAGAAUACAACAAGAUCUGCAGUGGAAUGUCAGUAUGAGACCCUGACCCCGGAGAUCGCACUGAGGAAUGGGCCGUUCAUCCUUUUUGUGGGUGUGUCCGUUUUUAAUUUGUAUUGUUAAAUAAAGACACAAAACAUGUAAUAUUA